AUGUCCGCCGCCGUGGCCGCCGCCGCCGCUGCUGCCGCCAUGUCGGGGUACCACAACUCCUCUCGGAGACAACACACAGAUCACGAACUGCCUUUACCAUCGCAACGAGUGUGCGUCCCUCCUCCUCUGAGCAGGUACGAGUCGCAGAAGCGACGCGACUGGAACACCUUCGGCCAGUACCUCAAAAACCACCGUCCACCCUUGACCCUCUCGCGCUGCAGCGGCGCGCACGUGCUGGAAUUCCUCCGCUACCUCGACCAGUUCGGAAAAACCAAGGUGCACGCCGAAACCUGCGCGUACUUCGGAAACUCCCACCCGCCCGGUCCCUGCGCGUGCCCCUUGAAGCAGGCGUGGGGCAGCCUCGACGCGCUGAUCGGGCGGCUGCGCGCGGCUUUCGAGGAGCACGGCGGAGCGCCGGAGAUGAACCCGUUCGGAACACGCGCGGUGAGGUUGUACCUUAGGGAAGUUCGCGACGCGCAGGCGAAGGCGAGAGGCAUAGCGUAUGAGAAGAAGAAGAGAAAGAAGGCUCAAACGCAUGAUGAUGUGAUGAGCAUGAUGGGUUCCAGUGAUGCGAGUUAUUCUGGUUAUGGUGGUUGCUUUGUUCCUCAGCAGGUUCUGCCUGAUUCAAAUGGAAUAACUUGUUCUUCUACCCCUGAUGGGGUUUCGUAUUUCUCGUCCCAGUGUGGGUUUAAUUGA